GACAGCGUGGUCCAGAACCUUUGACGUGAGGGCCAUGAAAACAUCCCUUCGGAGGUUGUCCGCGGAACUUGACGACUAUAUGAACAAAACUUUAAGACUUAAUGUUUAGGUCAGUUGCUUGAUAAUUGCUACACUGACAUGUAUGUAAUAUUGCUAUACUAUUCGUGUUCCGAGUAUCUGUUGUAGAGAGAGACCGGAAAACCGGUAUGUCUGAACGCGGAGCCGACGAUGUCCCCAACCCGGACCAACAGCACAUUGUCAACGCUGAUGGCCAGCGCUUGUUCUGCCGCUACUGGAAGCCUGAUGGUCCCCCAAGGGCACUGGUGUUUGUGGCCCACGGGGCUGGGGAGCACAGUGGGAGAUACAGCCGCCUCGCCCAAACUCUGAUGGAACGUGCCCUGCUGGUGUUUGCACAUGACCAUGUGGGUCAUGGUAACAGUGAGGGGGAGAGGAUGUCAGUGGUGGACUUUCAGAUCUUCAUCAGAGACACUCUGCAGCAUGUGGACAUUGUGAGGGAGCGACACCCUGGCCUGCCUGUCUUCAUCCUUGGACACUCCAUGGGCGGGGCCAUCUCCAUCCUGACAGCAUGUGAGCGGCCAGAUGCUUUCACCGGUGUGGUGCUCAUUGCACCCAUGGUCCAGGUUAACCCAGAAGCGGCCACACCUUUCAAGGUAGUCUUAGCAAAGCUUCUGAACCAUAUGCUGCCCAAGCUGUGUUUGGGUGCUAUUGAGUCAAAGUGGAUCUCUCGGGACCAGAGGGAGGUGGAUGAUUAUGACCAGGAUGAGCUGAACCACCACGGAGGUCUGAGUGUGUCAUUCUCUGUGAAGCUUUUGAUUGCUACACAACGGAUUGAGAAGGCCAUUCCCACCAUCACCUGGCCGUUCCUGCUUCUCCAUGGCGAUGUGGACAAGCUUUGUGACAUCAGAGGCUCACAGAUGAUGUUUGAAAAUGCAAAAAGCACUGACAAGAAGCUGAAGGUAUAUGAAGGAGCAUACCAUGCUCUUCACCGUGACCUCCCAGAGACAGCUGACUCUGUUCUGGAAGAAGUGGGCACAUGGAUUGUGGAGCGAAUUCCAGCCUAGCCAGCAUCUGGCCCCUGCAAUGCCUCUUCUUUAUUCUUGCCUGUCUACUGUCUGCUUCGAUCUCUUGACUUUUUAGUUUUUAUUUUAAUUAUCCUUUAUAUAACCAGGCAGAUAGACUAAAAUAAGGCAUCUGGGGAUCUGGCCAGGAAGGCAGCUAAAAAGUUAAAAAGGCAGCUAAAAGGUUUUGGGCAUUUGCAUAGUAUACAAAAUUAAAAGAACCACCUGAAGAAAAAUCAACAACUAGGGCUGUUUCAAAGAAGAGAGAGACAUGUUUCUUGGAGUUUGUGAAUUGAGCCAAUCAACGUGAGAAUUUAUCUGACAGAUUUAUAAAAUGAUGUAAAGAUCUACUGAUGUCCUCAGACAACGAAAUAUCAUUUCUUACCCCUCACCUUGUAUCUUUUUUGAAGAGUGUUUACCUUUAAGUCUUCGAAACAGUGAUUGAAACUAGUAGUAGUUCAAGAUAAUUUGACGUUUGGGAUACAAUAUUUUCUUCAUCUACAACUGAAAUUAGUUAUGUAAAAUUUCUUAUUUCAAGAAGAGACUUUGGAUUUGCCAUUUUAGUAUCUCUUAAACCAGCAAUCAAAUAAUGACCACUGAUGUUGUUACCUGCUUGUAGUGUAUUCAUAAUGUGCAUUUGUCAUCAUUAGGUCAAUUAACAAUGAUUUGCAAGGGUUUUUAGUAUUACAUGAGGUGAAUAUUUUUAUUAUCUUAGAUAUAGAACAUUGCAAAUAUAUUUAAAACCCUCUGAAGCAGAUGUCCAAUUCAUGUGCACUUCAUAUCAGUGAUAACAGUGUUACUCAUUGUUACUCAAAAUGGCCAGUGAUUUUGACAAGGAAAAUGUGCCAGCACUAGUCAGUGGACACCUGUAUCAGACCACCAAGGUAAAAGAAGUAUUCUUAGACAUCUACAUUUUAAGAGGAAGCAUCUUGGACUGCCUGGAUAAUGACUACAACUAAUAAAUGAGUGAAAUUACAACACCUCCACCUUGCCUGGCCCUAUCAGCAAAAUGAACUGCAAACAUGAUCUAGAACAUAUUAAUUUAACCAGGUUUUAGAUAACACAGUGAAGUCUGAAUCAGCUGUUUGAAUCCAGUUAUUCAGAAAAUCUAGUUUGGUAACCACACUUCUGCUACUGGAAUUCAAGAAUUUUAAACCCUUGCUUUAUUUAAAUCAGAGGGAUUUAAAAAACAUUGAAUAUUUGUAUCUGGACCUGAGUUCGAUGGAUCAUUACAUUAUCAGAAAAGUAAAAAGAGCAAACCAGUUAAAAAGUUGGACACACAUGUAGGACACACAUGCCACUUAGUAAUCUGGUGGAAAUAUGAAAGUGUUAAACACAAUUAACUGCUGAAUAUAAUUGAGGUUUGCUGUUUUAACCAAUUAUUUCCAAAAUAAUCCAGGCAUAUAGCCAGUGGAAUCUGGUUUGUCCAGUAGUUUUGGGGGGGAACCGGUCAUGUCAUGUUCUGCAUUUACCAGCGGUUGUGGCAAACCUGUGUGUUUAAAACCAGCAGUCCACUACUUCUACUCAAAACCAGUAUAAGUAGAAGUAAAGUAAACAAGGUCAUUGUUGUGAUUUCCUUGACAUUUCACACUCUGCGUCACUAAUGAAUACAAAUGCUGGUCAUGCCAACAGCAGUGGGUCAGUGAGAGUCAGGGCUACAAGCAGGAUCCACAUGCUACAACACCCCAUGACAAUCAGUGGCAAGAUUGCACAAGUGCAGCCUAGAAAAGGCACUGUUCCAAAGGAUUUAAGUGCACCAGCAAGUGGUGAACAGGUGCCAAUCCAAGCUCACCAGCAGAUUCAAGAUUUAGGUUUUUAGCAUGGCUGCAAGAUUGAAAGCACCUUGACCAAUGGAGGUGGUAGGUAGGCGGCUUUUCAGAUUGGUUUAGGGUUGGUGUAAUCAUAGUUUGAGUUUUUCAGUUUUAAAGAUUAUAUUUACAGUAGGGUAGCUGGAAGAUGGUUCCACUGAAUAUUUGAAAAAAAAAAAAGGAUUAAAAAAGGGAUCCUGUUAUAUCAACCCAGUCUCUGGAAACUUAACAUACAGGUACAAGUCACUGGUGCAAAUGAGUAUUUUUGUGUCUUUCAGAAUUAACAUAUUACAUCUGCCUCAACAAUUCCAUCAGGUUCUCCCCCUGAGUCAUGUUGAGACAAGAUGUUCUAUUUCUAUUAUUCUACAUCUAUUAGACUUUAUGUUCUAUUGUGAUGGAAGUCACUCUGGAUAAGAGCGUCUGCUAAAUGCAUGUAAUGUGAUGUAAACGCCUUCCCAAAUGGUGCUGGUGUUGGGAAGACAUGAGUAUUGCCUUUUUACACAGUCAGCCUGAUUGUUCAUCUGCAACAUUUAUAUCAGAUGGUUU